GGGCUGUGGGACAGACAUCUUCCUCGAGCAAUAAUUUGGGAACGGCAGAGACGCUUGUUGGCGCAUCGUCCUCUGCAAUGAGUAGUUCCUUAGUCACGUCAUCGGCCUCUAGUAGCAGUAGCUCUGAUACAUCUUCGACGUCCUCCUAUUCUUCCUCAUCUUCAAGUCGCUCAAGUGGGAGCGCGUCGUCCUCAUCAAUGUCGUCGGGUAGUAGCGCUUAUUCAUCAUCGUAUUACCGACGCAGUCGCAGUCGCAGACUUUCUGGAGCAGAAUUAGCUAGCGCCAGUAGCACGACUACAAGCGGGACAAGCGGUUCUCAACAUGAGUUUUUUGCAGUUACUACACAUCCAGCAAUGCUGGCCUACGAUGCUAUUCGGACAUAUGAAGCUUUCAAAAUCGCCGAGGUAAUGGUGGCCAACGGGUCCUAUCCAUUCUUAGCGAAUCGGUCAGUGUUCUCUCAUGUUCUCUUCGGCGACGACCCGGUAGCUGUGAAUGCUCGUAAUGGUUGGGGCAACCUUACCUUCCCAUAUGGCCUUAACUCAACGGAAGCCGAAAGCACCAAUUUGACGGCGCUGCAGAAGAUGCUACCCACUGGGGUGGACGAUUCUACCAUGAAUUUUCAGGCAUUGGCAAGGCAGGUCAAAAAAGCUGACGACAGGGUUACUUUUGCAGAACUGUCCUCUUCUUCAAAUUCUGCCGCUGGAGCAUUGAGCAUCGAAGAGCGGAGGGAGGCCUACGUGUGGCGAAGACUGCCGUUCCUUGUGGAACAGAACAAGACACUUUCCAUCUAUGUGGAGGCAUAUGCGAGCUACGUCGAGGAGAACUUUACUGACCUUCUCAUCGAGAAAAACAUCAGCACGCUCGACGAUGCUGCGCUCGUAGGACUUGAUGGCAACGCCAGCAAUCAAUCCGCUGCAUACGAUGAUGCUACAGUCAACACUCGCAACCAGUCCGCUUCAGCAACACUCUCAUUCGCUGCCCAAAAGCAAAACGAGUCAAACGCAACCACCGCAAACGUCAGCAACGCAAGCAUCUACACGCCAAUGCAGGCAGAGUAUCCCACGGCAGUGCACUUCUGGAAAGUGAGCGACGUGACUCUAUACGGACCAUCUGGCAACAACCAGUUUGUCUGCGAGUUGGGACUUCGAUGCGAGCUACGGGUUCCAGGGAACUGGCGGCAUCUGAUCAAACCAACAUCCAUCAUACCAGCGAUAUCAAGUAACGCAGGAUUUCUCAGGAUUGCGAAAAAGGUAUAAACAUAUUUCACAAAGUUGCUGUAGUGCCUGGAGUAUCUAUUUACUAUUUUUAGGUUGGAAGCCUAAUAACACACACACAUAGUAAGUUGAAAAGCCCUGAAAUUGGUGUCUGGUGCUGGUCGGCUGGCUCGAUUCGGAUUUUUUUCCUACUUUCUUGCAUAAAAAAUUCAGACGAUGGUUCGGCAACUCACAAGUGCGCCUACCGCGGAUGGCAUAAGCUUUAUCGCGGAUCCACUGUUAAAUCUGAGUGCAGGCGUGAGCCACGCAGUCGACUACUGCGGUGCCGACUUCUGUAUCGAGAUUGGACGGCUCUAUGCCAAGGGUAUUGUCCUGCCGACUGAGACUAUUAGAGCGAAUAGUUCCGAGCAAUUGGAAAUCCGGCAGGUCCAGGAAUUGAAUACUACUCCGGGCAGCCGUCUCUACGUGAUGGAUUUUGCGGGCCAAGGAAUCGUGGAUGCCAGCUCUCGCAUGCGCACAGAAGUUUUUGAAGGCCGCAAUGCGUACUUUGCGUCGGCCGUGAACAGCACUGAGGCGGGAUGGGAACAAUUGAAAUUGGCAAACUUUAGUCUCGCAACGGCAACCUUUACGUUCCCGAAAAAGUUGGCGCUAAAUGGAGGAACGUACUCGCACGUUUUUAAGCAGUUCGAUGUUGUCCUUGUCUGUAUCAUCUGUUGAUCCUCAGUAUAGACACAUCUUAUGCAUGCCAGCUACAAUCAUCCUCCGGUUUUUUUCUCUCUUCGAAUAUCUGAAACAUGAUUUUGCUUUUCUUUUCCCUAUAAUUACAGUUAUGCACUGGUAUGGUGCGCGGUCGGUUGUUCGUAUGCGUCGGGUCAAACGAGGAACCAAAUAGAAGCGUACGAGGAAUCGAGUCCAGAAUUUAAGCGUGUGUACAGAAGCACGACACGAUACCAGCCUCUUGUUGUUGGCAACUUAUCUCUAGACGCUGCCACCAGUUGGAUACUUGAUUCAAGCCUAAAAUGCGUCUUCAACCAGCCAUGCGACAUCCGCAACAGGGACUACGGUUCGCGGAUGGGAGGUACUAUAGUCUUACAAGUAAGUACUAGGUAGUACCUAGAAAUUUGGUCGUUGUCGUGCACAUGCUUGCUUCGAAUUUUCAAGAGCCUGACUUCAACUCGUUCAUGAGGAAAUCAUCGUUGUUGUCUCAUGAUACGUUUUUCGAGAUGUCAGGAGGCUUUGGCUGGCAGCCAUUCCUCGCAGUCGCCCUUGACUAGAAGUCUGACAAAGAAAAAGUUCAUUGCAAAUUCUAGUGGAGUAGGACAAUGGUAGAUCAGGCCGUAACCUCACGCUUAAGCGUGAUUGCAACUACUAACUCGAAAUGAAUCCAUCUGACUGUACACAAAAUAUCAUGCACAGCGUUGGGCUACACGACGAUUCUGCUGGAGUGUCAGACGAAUGUAACAUCGGCGAUGCCCGUGAUACCAUACAACACUCCCACGUUGCGAUUCGGAGCCAUUAGUAGCCAGACCAAACCAUAUUACUAUUACUUGUGCUGGAAUUCGCAGCCUGAAGGUGACUUCCUUGUUACUAUUGCGCCGAUCGAGCUGGUGGAUCCGCGUUCACGGCAAGGAUUACCUGUGUAAGAAGAUGUCCAAGCCUGUCUUUAGUAGAUGUGAUAUUCGUGCUUGAGGAGGAUGUGGCGCAAGCGGAACUGGAAGGCGAAAAAACGUCGGCUCUGCGUAUCUUCAUCUAGCAACUACUGUAGCUUCAUCUACGCAACACAGCGUGUUCGUUGAAAACCAACUUCUAUUAUCUAUCAGUGUCAACACACAUGGCAAAAAUUUGAAAUCUAAGUUUGCGCAUCAUGAUUGAGCUCGUCCUCAGAAGAGCAAUUUCCGUAUACCAGAAGUAUUCUUAGGAAAAAUGGAAAAGUCCUCUAUAAACUCAUACAUUAUAGGAAGGUGGGAGUGGAGACUGUUGCAUCUAUAAUCUAGUUUUGGCGAAUCUACUCGGAGUACUCGUGUGACGACCGUGAAUUUGAAAUUUGACUAGAGUUGAAUUUGAAUCCUUUUUCGGUAACUUUUAGUACAUGGACAGCAGGACGCGAGUACUGAACCAGUGCAUAUCUUUGCUUUCUUAGAUAAUCUAUUAGUCAAUCUGCUCAACAAACGCUGAUUUCUUCUGUAUUUAUUAUUGUUAUUCUCCUUCUAGUAUCUUUGACAGCUGUUACAGAAACACAGAAGUACAUGUUACCUAAUUAUGGGAGGUGUCAUGUCAGAGUGAGUAAGUCGUAUGAUGAUAAUCAGGAUCGAAGCACUCCUAGUUCGUUGUCUUAUUUUGACUUGAAAUUAACUUGUCCGGUGGCGCUGGCGGAGGCAACCCUAGAGCUAGAAUUUCGGUAUGUUCAUCUGAUAAUUUUACCCUAAACAAAGAAAAGUUCAGUCACGGCCGAAUCCGAAUACACUAACCACUGCUAGUGCCUAAGUUGGAAAGUCACUGCCUUGCAUAAUGCCAUGCAGACUUAUUUCAUCAGAUGUAACCACGAGAGGCACUUCCGCCGCAAUCGACCUAUUUUUGAAUACUCUACCGCUGGACGCCAAAUAGCAAAGUAGAAAAAAGUCGUCGAAAUUUGAAAAGUUUUGUACUCACUUGAUGUUCUUGGUUGCUACGGUGAUUAAUAUUAGACGGGAGUGGUGCUGCUCUCGGAAAAUCGGCCACAGUGAGGCUCACAGAAAGAAUUACGAACGAUCAGUCACUCGGACAAGGAAUUCUUUAACAAUGCUCAGUAGUCAAU